AUGUCAUACCUGUCGAAGCGACAAGACCCGGGCCAUUUGUCCGUCUGGGCAUCUCUUAACUUCCUCUUCCUCAUUCUUCUUGGUGGUAUCGAUGAGCAUGAUGAUUGCCAACUUCAAGGUGCCUCCACGCACAACUUCCCUCUCUCCAGAACUCGCUCACUCCCCCUCGCCACAACAACCUACCUUGGCCUCACCUCCCGGCACGCCUCCUCGAGCAAAUCGACCGGUCCAUCGCCCCUCACCAUCGAACCCGACUAUCUCUUUUUCAAAGCUGAAACCAGUCCCAUGGCUCACUCGAAGCAAUACAUCUAG